GUAUUAUGUCCUGGUAGAUUGGCUGUUACGUCCCAGCUCAUCUUGCUAACAUUAAUUUCUGUGUUUUAUUUUUUCUGAACCGAAGAAACCGAGGUGGUAGUCAUGACGUUAAGCUCGCUAGCUACUAGCUAGCAUUUUAUGGCAGUCAUUGACGCAGUGACAGAGUCUUUAUUUAAUAUUGAAAUUUUGUUAAAGCUGAUUAUACUGUUUUAAUCUUUUGAACUGAUAUAAUCAGUUUGCUGUUGAUAUACGUGUCGGGGCGUUGUGUUGUGUGUGGAUCAUGGCCUCGUGUCGUGAGUCAGUGUGUGGGGGUGUCAAAGAUCUGAUGAGCACUUCUGUUCUGUUGUCAGUUGUCUGCUUGCGAGCGAUGUCAUUGUCAGUCUUGUGAUUUCUAAAACAGAGACUAAAUGUCGUGGUGUGUGAAAUGUUAGUGGAACUUCACUUGUUCUUGUCUUCCUCACAAAACUAAGUUCAGUAUCGUUAUCUAGAUUCAGAAAACUUAAAGUGAAUAAGUUAUUUAUCAUUUAUUGUAAUACAUCUGACUAUAGAAUCCUCCUCUUCUGUUGUUAUUCUGUAUAUUUUUAUUUACAGUAUAAAAAAUAUGCAUGUAUGUAACAGGAUAUCUUACUGACAGAGGAGUGAGGGAUAAUAUCACAGAAAACAACUGUUCAGCAUCCUAUUUUGCCUCAAACUAGCUGUGCAGGACUUCCUGAGACAGUGGCAUUCUGGUGCAGUGGGUUACACUGUUGUUUCACAGCACUUGCAGAGCAGGUUUGAAUCUGGCUUUGUCUGUCUGAAGGUUUCAUGUUCUCCAUAUGUUUGCUUAGGUUUCCUUUAGCUGCUCUGGUUUCCUGCUACAGUCUUAACAUCUGUUUCAGGUGGAUUGGUGACUCUAAAUUGUCUAGUGUGUGAGUGGAUCUUUGAGAAUGUGUGUGGCUACCCUGUGAUUGAUUGGUGAACUGUAUACUUGGACCAGCCUAGUGGAAUAGGUUCUGGACCACCGUGACCCUGACUUAGAUAAGCGGUUAACCAAGAAUGGAAGCAACUGGCUAGCUAAGGAAUGGCAUCAUUCCCUGACAACACACUGUCAAACUGUGGCAUGGAAACAUCCAACUUUGCCCAUGUUGUCUUUCAAAAUGUUGGGAAGACCUACCUUCCUCAUGCGGCUCUUGAGUGCCGCUACACCCUCAGCCCAUUCAUCAAGCCGCACCCGAAAGACUGGGUCGGCAUCUUCAAGGUUGGCUGGAGCUCUGCACGGGACUACCACACAUUCCUGUGGUCACCUCUCCCUGAAAACUAUGUGGAGGGAACCACAGUCUCCAGGACGGUGGUGUUUCAAGGGUACUACGUUCCCAGCGAUGAUGGCGAGUUUUACCAGUUUUGCUACGUCACUCACAAAGGGGAGAUCCGCGGGGCCAGCACCCCAUUCCAGUUCCGUGCCAGUCUCCCAGCGGAUGACCUGCUCACUGUAGAGGAUGACAACAAUUCAGACAUUCUGGUGGUCACGACAAAAGCUGGCAUUUUGGAGAAAAAGCUGGAAGAGUUGCAGAAGGACAAUGAGGAUCUGACAAAAGAGGUUGCUGAUCUGCAGAAAGAAAAGGAGCGAGUUCUGGAGGAACAGAAAAAAUUGCAGAGAUUGUGUGAGCAGGAGAGAGAGGUCUGCACUCAGCUAAAAACUGAGAACCAGGAGCUCCAGUGUAGUGUGCAUACCCUACGGGAUGAGGCAGAGGAGGCCAGGAGGAGGCACACAGAAACCAGCAGCAGAGUUGUCCAGCUGGAGGAGGACCUCAUUGGGGUAACACAGAGGGCAAUCCAGAAGGAGACAGAUUUGGAUUGCCUCAGGGACAGGGUGAAAAAGCUGACCCAAGAGAAAGAUGUGCUGGAAUCUCAGCUGAAGAACGAGAGGGAUGAGAAGGAGUUGUACAAGAUCCAUCUGAAGAACAGGGAGCUGGAGAACACAAAGCUGACAGCCGAGCUGCAGCUGCUGAAGUCAGUGGAUGUGAACAAGGAGAACAUGAUCAUUCAGCUGAAAGAGGAGGCUGGCCAGUUGAAGUUGUGCCUGGCAGAGAAGGAGAAGCUGCAGAGGGAGAUUCUGGCCCAGGCCUCUCCCCUGAGAGAGAAGGACAUUCUGAAAGAGCAGCUGCACCAAGCUGAGGAGCAGCUGCAGGCUACACGUCAACAGGCCUCCAUGCUGAUGUCCGAACUGAGGGAGGUGUCAAGCAUGCGAGACCGCAGUGCGGCUGAGCUUUAUCGCACCCGGCAAGAGGUGGAAGAGCUGCUCAAGGGUCAUGCACAUAACCAAGCUGAACGCAACCUCCGAGGGGCCACCAUUCACCAGCAAACAGGGAGUCGGGAGGAGGCUGGUUCUGGGGCUGCCACGGUGACAGAGGCAGAGCUGAAGAGGGAGGUGGAAGACCUGAAGUUGAGGCUGCAGAUGGCCGGAGAGCACUAUAAAGAAAAAUAUAAGGAGUGUCAAAAGUACCAGAGACAGGUGGCCAAGCUCUCGGAGCUGCAAGGGGAGCUGAAGAGGAGCGCAGUGACAUCCAGUGCUUCCACAGCAGAAGUGGCAGUAGGUGCUAAGAGUCCAGAACCCCCAGGGAGCCCAUUCUCUGUGGAUGUUGCACUUGACCCCCUGACUCAAGAAAGUCUUAAAGAUGUAAACAGAGGAAUGAGUGAGAAAAGCGAGAAAUACAGAAGAUGCAAGCAGAUGCUGAGUGAGGAAAAGGAGAGGAGCAGCAUGUUGGUGGAUGAGCUGGCUAAAAUGGAGGUGAAGUGGAAGGAGCAGGUGAAGAUCAAUGAUGGCCUCAAGCUGCAGCUGGCAGCAGAGGAGGACCGUUACAAGAGUCAGGUGGCAGAAAAGGGAAGGGAGGUAAAAGAACUGAAGGAGAGCCUUGCCUUGCUUGUGAAAGAGAAGGAGAAACUAGAGGAGGAGCUGCAUAAGAGGUUGGACAGAGAGCUAGAGCAGCAAGCUGCAAGCAACGGUGCUGAGCGGAGUCAGCCUGUGUUCCUGCAGUACCCACUGCCGUACCCCCAGGAGCCCUCCCCGCUGACUCCCCUGGUGCCGGGGCUUCCUGUCGACCUGCAGUUUGGCAACCCCUACAGUAAAAUUCACACUCAAGAUGGUGCUGACAGCGAGUUCUUGAAAGACCAGGUUCCCAGAUGCCCACCUAUGGACUCUCCCUCUUGGGACCGCGAUGUUGUCUGCAUUCAGCCGUCCCGCAACCUGAGCCGCCCCGACGGACUGGAGGACCCCGAGGAGCAAGGCAGCGACAGCUGUGAGGGCCAGCCAGAGACAGGAGAGGUCUGCAGUCCCCCAGUGGAUGACGGUCAGGCCCCUUUCUCCUUUGACUCAAGCACGGAGGUCCAGAAGCGCUGCCCCCUGUGUGAGGUUAUCUUCCCUCCCAACUAUGAGCAGCGCAAGUUCGAGGAGCACGUGGAGAGCCACUGGAAGGUGUGCCCCAUGUGCAGUGAGCAGUUUCCCCUGGACUGUGACCAGGGUCUCUUUGAGAAUCAUGUGCUCACGCACUUCUCCAGAGAUGUGCUCACCUUUGAUUAGGAGAGCUUGCUGCCCCUGGUUUGUCAUCCAAUGCAAAGAGCAAAUGGGGCAACUUGUUUAAUCUCUGUUGUGAGACAUUAGCUUGUCAACCUAAUCGCAUGCACUGAAUGUCAAGAUGAUUUGGGAUAAAGACAUCAUAAUCAGUCCUGUUUCUCUUCGUAGUAAGUGCAGACAAGAUUAGGAACAGAUGCCUGAUAUUUUAUUAAAUAGUGACUUUAUCAUAUAAGUAUUUUACACUUAGAGCAUUGGUUGUGAAAAUCAUAUAACAUUUAUAGCAUAAAGGACACUGGGGGAAAAAAAUGUUACUACUUGUCCCAGAGAACUAUGCUCUCUAGUUCAAAUGUUUAUUUUCUCAUCUGCACAGUGCUUUACCAUAUUAUCAAGAUUAUUUACCUUCGUGCUGGGCUUCUGUAACAUCUAAAUUUGACAGUUAACAGUGGUUCUCUAUAAACAUUUAAUUGCUUUAAUUUUUGAGUUAAUAAAACAUGAUCAGGGUGAGCUGAGAUUGCUCCCCCAAGUGCUGUGUGGCUCUUUAUAAUAAAGUCUUUGUUUGAAA